UAAAAAGUUAAUAAAAGUUUUUUUUUAAUAGUKUAAAAUCGAAAAACUAAUCACAUUUUAUUAUAUUCUUUGUGAUAAAAGUUGUUGAGAUAAAUAGAAUUCAAAAAAUGGCAUCAUUAAGCGGACAAACGUAUCAAGAGGAACUAUUUCCGAUGGUAGAAGAGYCGAAUUAUUAUAAUCAACGGGGUGAAAUUGCUACAUUUUAUUCUGGAAAAAAAAUUUUUAUAACAGGAGGCUUAGGAUUUAUAGGAAGACUUAUAAUUGAAAAACUUUUGAGAUGCUGUCCAGGAAUAACAACGAUUUAUUUGCUGAUAAGGGCAAAGAAACAGAAGGAUCCGCAAACUCGAUUUAAAGAAUAUUUCAAUGAUAUUAUUUUUGAUAGAUUGAAGAGAGAGCAAAAAGAUGUCGAAAAGAAGAUUAUUCUGAUAGAAGGAGACACGAGUCAAUUGAAUAUARGAUUGUCAGAGAGGGACCGCGAACGCAUUAAAGAUACCGAUAUAAUUUUUCACUGUGCAGCAUCCGUACGUUUUGCGGACAAUAUUCGUAUUAUAGUUAACAUAAAUAUCAGAGGAACAAGAGAUCUUCUCUUGCUUGCACAAGAAAUGACAAGCUUAAAGGCUUUUGUUUAUGUUUCAACGUCUUACUCGCACUGUGUAUACAAUAAAAUCGAAGAAAAAUUCUAUAAGCCACCCAUGAAGACAGAAGACAUAAUUAGAUUAACAGAAAUUUUGACCGAAGAUCAAUUAGAUUUAAUUACCCCAAAGCUACUGGGUAAGUGGCCCAACACUUAUGUAUUUUCAAAGGCAAUCUGUGAAGAUACUGUACGGCAAUAUUCUAAUGGAAUUCCAACUUGUAUCGUUCGGCCAUCCAUUGUUAUCCCAACGGAAAAGGAACCAAUUGCUGGUUGGAUAAACAAUUUGUAUGGAUUUACAGGUGUUAGUUUUGGUAGCUCGACAGGUGUUUUACGAACACUGUAUUGUGAUGACAACUUAGUCUGCGACAUAAUUCCUGCCGAUUAUGUUGUCAACAACAUUAUUGCUGCAGUAUGGGACGUGGGACAAAAACGCAGAGAUAACAAAUACUUACCCGUUGACGAUGAGAUUCCAAUUUAUAAUGCUGUUUCCUCCGUUCAAAGACCAGUUACUUGAGGAGUUAUGGAAAAUUAUCUAAGAACUUUCGGAUUUGAAAUCCCGUCGAAAAAAGUGUUCUGGUACUACAGCUUAUGGUUUAACACGAACUAUUAUUUCCAUAUUUUUUUGACAAUUUUUUUGCACUGGAUACCAGCAAUUAUAGCGGACUCCUUAUUAUAUCUCAGCGGAAGAAAACCAAUAUUGCUUAACAUCUUCAGAAAUAUAGAUAAGUUUAAACAUGUAAUAAGUUUCUUCACAAUGAAUGAAUGGGAAUUUACAAACGAUAAUGUUUUGAAGUUAUGGGACAAGCUAUCUGUAGUCGAUAAAAGUAACUUCUUCUUUAAUGUUGCUGAUAUUGAUUGGGAGUGUUUUUCUGUUACUUACAUGAGGGGUAUUCGAGUAUUUUUAGCUAAAGACCCGAUGGAUACCAUUGAAGAAUCAAAACCUUUUUAUAGAAGGUUGAAAAUAGCUCAUUAUACGUUGAAGUGGUUUAUUUAUUUUUUAAUUCUUUGGAUUUUAUAUUGCUUAUUAUAUUCUCUUUUUACUUACAUAUUUUAUUUUUGACAAUCUGUGAAAAACGAUAAUAGAACAAUCGUUUCAUAAUUAUCAUUAGAUAGAAUAUGUUAAUUAUUUGUUUAUGGAAUAAAUACUUUUCCCUACA